GCAGGGUAAAAGCGCUGCAGCCUGCAGGAGGGGGCUGAGGUCUCAGGAUCAUACGUCGGCUCCUCUGCAGCUCUGGCUCCUCGCUGUGCAUUUGAGCAGACCAUGGCCGGGCCCCUGCGUGCCCCACUGCUCCUGCUGGCUAUCCUGGCCAUGACCCUGGCCAUGACCCUGGCAAAGUCUGUGGCAAAGAACUCCAACCGGCUGGGUGGCAUGGAGGAGGCAGAUGUCAAUGAUGACGAAGUGCAGCGGGCACUGGACUUUGCCACUAGCAAAUACAACGAGGAGAGCAAUGACACAUACUACAGUCAAGUGCGACAGGUGGUGCGUGCCCGCCAGCAGGCCGUGGCUGGGACGAACUACUUCUUUUAUGUGAAGAUGGGCCGGACCACGUGUACCAAGUCUCAGCCCAACUUGGACAACUGUCCCUUCCAGGAGCAGCCGAGGCAGAAGAGGGAAGAGCUCUGCUCCUUUGAGAUCUACAGUGUGCCCUGGGAAGAUUCGAUGACCUUGGUGAAAUCCAGCUGUCGGAAGGCCUAGGAGUCUGUGCCAGGCUGGGCUGCACCCCCCCAUCUUCCCCACAUCUCUCACCUUCCUGUAGUGUUCCCUACCCUUGGAUGGAGGCGCCGCCCUGGUGCAGGUCUCCUCCCCGCACCAGCACCGGGAGGGAGGCAAAUAGAGAAGGCUUCAGGAGGCCUUUGUUGACCAGCCAACUGGCUCUACCUGUUCCUUUCCCCCUACUGCUUCUCAGACUCGCUGGUACACCACA